UCGCCAUCAGAACGCGACGACGAGCACGAGGGCGGGAUGUUCAGUCUCGGGCCUCUCGGCGCCCACACCUCGCCGCUGUCCUGCUCCACAUACCACGCUCCCCUACUCCAAUCCAGACGCCUCUCUCCCUCACCCACUGCCCCCGCCAGCGCCGCGGCCGCGUCCUGCGCGCCUCGCUCACUCUGCUUCCUCCGCCGCAGGAGCAGCCGUUUCGCAGCGGAGCGGAACCGGAGGCCUACCAUGGCCGCCGCAAUCUCGCUGGAGGCCGGCGGGGGCCUGGCCCACGACCUAGGGUCCGCAGCCGUCACCGCUGGUGUCGCCCUCGCGCUCCUCAAAUUCUUCGAGGAGAUCGCGAAGCGCGGCGUCUUCGAGCAGAAACUCAGCAGGAAACUUGUUCAUAUAAGCGUGGGCCUGGUGUUCUUGCUUUUUUGGCCUCUUUUUAGCUCUGGAUGGUAUGCUCCUUUCCUUGCUGCGCUAGCACCAGGGGUCAACGUUAUAAGGAUGCUUCUACUGGGGCUGGGACUUAUGAAAAAUGAGGCUAUGGUUAAAUCAAUAAGCCGCUCUGGAGAUUACAGGGAACUUCUCAAGGGCCCACUGUAUUAUGCUACUACUAUAACUUUUGCCACGUCUGUAUUAUGGAGAACCUCACCAGUUGCUAUAGCACUUAUAUGCAACUUAUGUGCUGGGGAUGGUAUAGCUGAUGUUGUUGGGAGACGCCUAGGUAAAGAAAAGCUUCCAUACAAUCCCAACAAAUCAUAUGCUGGAAGCAUAGCAAUGGCGGUGGCUGGUUUUCUGGCCUCAGUUGGGUAUAUGCAUUACUUCCACACUUUUGGUUUUAUUGAGGAAACAUGGUACAUGGCUUUAGGCUUCCUUGUGGUAUCUGUAGCUGCAACACUCGUUGAAUCACACCCCAUCAGCACAGAACUGGAUGACAAUUUGACUGUUCCUUUAACAUCAUUCCUAGUUGGUAGCCUCAUCUUUUGAUGUUUAGGCUCAAAGGACAUCUUAGAUGUUUCUCCAUCAUGUUGUAAUUAUGUAAAACGUUACUAAAAUAAUACUAUAAUUGUGAGAAUCUCUACCUAGAGUUUGGAGAAUAUGUUCACUUUUGUUUAUCA